AUGAGAAGGGCAAGAUCAAAGAUAGCCCCCAAUUUGGUGUCGGCUGCCCGUUCGUCUACAGUUGCCACAACAAACGAUGUAGUUGAGAAUGUAAACAAAGACGUCGCAGGCGAAUCUGAUGCAGCCUUAAGUAAAACAAGACCACCGCUUACCCCAUCAAAAAAAUCCCCUGCCAAAGAUAAUGUUGACAAUCAAUAUCAAUUGCCAACCAGCUCAUCUACAGAGAACAUUAAAAGCGAUAAAAAGAAAUGUGUAGAAAAGCCAAUUGAGAUAAAAAAGGCUGUCACAAAAAGAAAGCUUGCAGGUGGCAGUGUUGAAGUGGAUCGGUCCAUGUUGACCAUGGGGUAUUUUAUUAAGAAUAAUCCAGCUGAUGGACAGAGGCCUCAAAAUACUUCAGAGAAACUGCAUAUGAGGAAAAGGCCUUUUGAGGUCGCAGAACUUUCUAAGAAGAGCCAAGCUGUACUACAUGCCCAAAGUACAAGAAAUGCAAUCUUGGAUGAUAGGCUCGCUGGAGAGGAUGUGAUAAGGAUCGAAGGGAAUCCAGAAGAUGAGGGAGAAGGAUCUACCAUGCCAGUGCCGCAAGUUUGCCUGGGUCUCCAUGGGGAAAUCAUACUAGACGAGAAAAGUUUGGUAAUUGAUACCAGCGAAACAAAACGUAACAAAAGCCAACUGGCUAAUUCUUCAAUUAGAGUGGAAAAUAAUCCCACUAUGGUGAAUUAUGGUUCAUGGCAAACGGCUCGCUUCUAUACAGUUUUACAAAUGUUUGGCACUGAUUUCUCGUUGAUCGAACAGCAUUUUCCCGGCCGUAGCCGUAACGAUUUAAAAAAAAAAAUUCAAGAAGGAAGAGAAGGAGAAACGGGCAUUUGUUGA